AUGGAAGGUUAUCAAUCGUUGAGGUUUGAAUUUUCAGACGUAGACAUCAUGUUUAUCAGAGACUUCACUAUGCCAGGCUCCGAGAUAAGCCCUGAGGAAGGCCCCGAACCAGGAUCGCGAUGGACGCUUGUGUUCGACGGUGCUUCCAAUGCUCGUGGUCAUGGCGUAGGCGCAAUUAUCACUUUUCCAACAGGUUUCCACCUCCCAUUUACCGCCAGAUUAUGUUUUGACUGCACCAACAAUAUGGCAGAAUAUGAAGCAUGUAUCUACGGUUUGGAGGAGACUAUCGACUUAAGGAUCAAGAUUCUUGAGGUAUACGGUGAUUCAGCUCUGGUAAUAAGUCAGGUAAAAGGUGAUUGGGAGACUCAGGAUAGCAAGUUGAUACCUUAUAAAGAGCAUAUCAGAAAACUAAUACCCUACUUUGAUGAAAUCUCUUUUCAUCAUAUUCCUAGGGAGGAAAAUCAGUUGGCAGAUGCUUUAGCCAUGUUGGCAUCUAUGUUCAAAUUCAAAUGGAAGAAUGAAUCGCCAACCAUCCAUAUUGACCACUUAGAUGAAUCAACACAUUGUCUAGCAACCGAGGUCGAUCCUGAUGAUAAGCCCUGGUUCUAUGACAAAAAGACAUUUAUGGAGAAGCAGCAGUAUUCCAAGGGUAUAUCCAUUACUGAUAAAAAGGCUCUGAGAAGACUCUCUUCCAAGUUUUUCCUAAGCGGUGAUGUGUUAUACAAGUGA